CAAUUGGAGGCAAAUUUUUGUAUUACUGUAAUGUUAUUCGAAUGUAACUGAGCUAGCUGUGGAUUUAAUUGUUUAUUUAAUUGUUUAUUAUUGUUUUCUUGUGUGAAAUUGCUCAAUAUAGUUUGUGAUAUGGUUUCUGUGUAGAUUACGAUGAAAUGGUCGAGAAAAUUAUCAAUCGUUUUGGCGAAGAGACCACAGCAAGUAUUAAACAGGUCAUGGAUGGUUCAGGCCUCGCCCAAGCUAUUGGUCUACCAACAUCAACAUCAACAUCACCAGCUUCAUCUACUUCAUCAUCAACCGCAACUUCAUCCCUUGGUAAAUUGAUUGAGGUUAAUUUCUUAGAUAAAUCUCUUCACCUUGACAGUGAUAAAAUUUACCAAUUUAAAGAGGUUUCAAAGUUAAAUGGUUUGAAACAGUUUUCUGACCAAUACUCUAUUGAGCAACUUAAGAUUGAUCUUAAUAAUAAAGAUAUAGAAUCUAGUUGUGACCUCUUGGUUAAAGAUCAGCAACAACAUCAUCAUCAACAUUUUCAUCAUCAUCUAAACUCUCAACAUCAAAAGCAACCACAGCAAUCAAACUCUUCAAACCAACCAAACCAGGAAAAUAAUCCUCAACCAUCUCCUCAUCUACAUCAUCAACCCAUUAGUAAUCCAUCAUGUGUUACAAUUAGUGAUGAUGACUUAAGAGAGGAAAGUAAACUUCCAGUCAUCAAUGGUACAGUAAAUGAGGAUCAUGAUAGUUCACUGAAAUCAGCCUCACCCCAGUCAGAACCAGCUUCUAUUCCCAUUUGUGUGGAUAAACUUGAAAAACCAUGUAUUAUUAAUUCAAAUGAAAAUGGCAUUGAAAGGCCUAAGCUAAACCAAGACGUUGCUCGACAAGCUGUAACACUACCAAGAACUCAAGGACAAACCCACAAAGAUACAUCUACCUUACGUAGAAAUGGUGAAAAUGAUAAAAAGCGUUCUAGAAGUUUUAUAGUUCGUUUAUUAUCAAAUUUGCCAUAUCUUUCAAUUUCCGGGUCUCGUUUAAACGGCAAAGACGAUGACGAGGAUUCAUCUACCGACAGUUAUAAAAGUCUACGAAGAUCUAGAGAACGAUCAAAUAAUCAUCAAUCGACAAAUAAAUUAUCUAAUUCAAUGUCAAGCCAAGAUGCUGUAAAUCUAUUCACAUGUAAUUGUUCAGAGGGAACUCAUGGUAAAACAACUAAUCAAACUAAAUCGAAGCCGUUAACCUUGUCUGGAAUUAAAAACCAUGGCAAUACUUGUUUCAUGAAUGCUAUUCUACAAUGUUUAUCUCAUACCGAUUUACUUAUAGAAUAUUUUAAUGAUACCCAAUUUUAUUAUAAAGAUUUAAUUACACGACAACAGCUCAAUCUGUGUAAAAAUGGCUCAAGUAGUGAAGUCACCGCUCAAUGUGCAACUUUAUUUCAAUCUUUAUGGAAAAACAAUUAUUCUCCUGAUUUAUCUAGCAAAUUUAAAUCUUUAAUUGGUAAACAAUGUAAGCAAUAUGAGGAUGGUGGUCAACAUGAUGCACAAGAGUUUCUAUUUUUUUUGUUGGACAUUUUCCAUGAAGAUCUCAACGUUGCCAUCAAAAAGAAGGCCAAAAAGUUCAAGAUUCCCAGUACCUGGAACCGGCCUGAUGAAGUUAUAGCCGCGGAAACUUUAUCGAUUUAUACAAGAUGUGACAAUAGUUUUAUUCGCAAAGUUUUUCAAGCUCAAUUACGAUCAUCGGUUGUUUGUCGUUCAUGUAAAAGCCAUAGCAAUACAUUUGACCCGUAUAUGUGCCUUUCAUUACCGGUUCCCACCAAGCUUACCCACAUCUGUAUCAUUAACGUUUCAUACCUUGAUAAUGUUCCAAAAAAGAUCAAAAUGGCUGUUACCAUCGAGACUCAAGCUACGCUUAAAGAAAUGAGACAUAAAAUUUCAAGAUUAAUAAAAAUACCUGAAAACCAAUUGGUGCUGCUGAUAAAUGACAGUUCAACUGGUAUCAAAGAAUUGAAUCAAUAUAAAACUCCAAUCAGUGAAUUUUUAAAUGAAAAUGAUGAGAUAGAAGCUAUUGAAACUCCUAAAUUAGACAUGAAUCAAAACUGUAAUUCAGGAUCUCCCAAAUCAACCUCAACAAUAUCCCAACAAUUAACCCUUGUAUGGACUAAUCGUGUCGGAAUUGGUAGUUCUGAUAAAAACAAAUUUUUUGGACCUUAUUUUAGUUGCACAAUCAAUCGAGAGGCAAGUUUCAAAGAUAUACAGAGUGAAUUAGUGAAAACAAUGCAACCGAUUUUGAGGUUAACCUCUGUGUCAAGUUGUAUCAAAGAUUUACCCUUGUUUAAAUUGAGAGUUGUUGGUGGCAUCCAAGAUCGAUGUUAUUUACCCGAGCAUGGUGAUCAUCCUUUAUACUCUUCCACUGUCAACGAAGCAUUAGCUCAUUGUAAAGAGAAAGAUUAUCGUGGACCAACCUAUGUGAUGUUGAUUGUUGAAUGGGAUUCUGAUUUAAAGCAAACACUGGUCGUUGAUGAUGAUGAGGCAUUAAUUGUUACCGAGGAUCCAAACAUGGAAUAUGUUAUUGCUCGUAAUCGUCUAUCUAACCAGGCAACUUUAGAAGAUUGUUUCGACAUGUAUUUCCGUGAAGAGAAACUUGGUGCUGAUGAUGCUUGGAUGUGUCCAUCUUGUAAAAAGAAGCAGCAAUGUAUUAAGAAACUUAGUCUCUGGUCAACCCCUGAUAUACUUAUUAUUCAUCUAAAACGCUUCCGUCAAGCAACUAAUCUUCAACGAACCAAAUUAUCAACUUUAGUCAACUUUCCAUUCACUGGUUUGGAUAUGAAUCCCUACUUGAGUAAACGCAAAGCUAAUCUAGACGAAUACAAAGAAUCUAAUGGGGAUGUUAAUAAUUUAUCUUACAUUUUGUAUCCUUGGAAAAAACCGCGAGAAAAAGAGGUUCUUCCUUAUUAUUCGGAAGAUAAUAUCUAUGAUUUAUAUGCUGUCUGUAAUCACCAUGGGAACAUGUCAUCAGGACAUUAUACAGCUUACUGUCGUGACAUUAAUGAUCAUAAAUGGUAUUUAUUUGAUGAUCAACAAGUUACUAAGGUUUCAGAAAACUCAUUAGUUACUGGAGAUGCUUACAUCUUAUUUUACCAACGAAGUACUAUUCCACCAUUUACUCUUCCUCCUUCAGAAUCACCGUCUAUGAGAACAAAACGAGCAUCGUCGUCAUCAUCAACAUCGUCAUCGUCAUCAUCUUCAUCAUCUUCCUCCUCUUCAUCUUCUUCAUCAUUAUCAUCCAACGCGGAUCAAUCCUCAACUAAUUCAUUGACAUCUCAAUCUAACGUCAGCUUAAAUAAUGACAAUCAAUCUUCACCGGUUAAAUUAGCAAACUCAACUUUAUAAUUAGACUUGUAAAUAAGAAAUUGUUGAUUUAUAUUAUUCAAUCCAAGCAUUGAUAAUUUUAUCACCGUUAACCUCUCAACUCCUGGUGGGCUCCCCAAUCAAUAGCAUUUAAUGAUUUCGCCAUUCUUCUCAGUCUUUUCACUGCAGUUAAUUGGCUUAAUUACUCUUUCUUUUCUUUAAAUUUGUACGUAUUAUCAUUUUUCAAAACUACUUCUUU